AUGUCUGGGCCAGUGCCAAAAGAAGACCUGGCCUUCACAACAUCAGGAAUCGCCUACAAGACAGGGAAACAAUGGAGAAAGGAAUUUCAAGUGAUACGAGUCAAGGAUUCGCAAUCGAUGAGUUCCAAGUUAGCGCAACAAACCUUGGACCACCUUGAUCUAUCAAUAUCAAAACUCGGACUGAGCAACGAGGAGCUCAAUUACGACAAAACACAGCCCAACCUAAUUAACAAUCUCGUCCUCAUUGUCAGCGAAUGCUUCAAAGACACAGCAGAAGACCUCUUGGGCGAUUCGCCCAAGCAGCGAGUUACGGAGUAUGAAAACUUUGACAUCAAAGUACACGCGUGCAUUGAAACAAGAGACACUGCGGUCGUGGUUCAGAGACUGCAAGACAAGAAUGCUCACUUCUACGUUCUGCAGAACAAGCAAGAUGGUCUUUGUGAGUUGCGUAAAUUGCCACAGACGAAAGUUUCACAUAAACACAUUGUGUUUUACAGUGAGUUCGUCGAUGGCAGCAGAAUUCCAGGCAAAGCAAAGGAGCAAAUCAAGAUUAAGCACUCAAUAUUGACUGCAAGGUCUGAGUUCGUCGAAACACUACCUAAGGAAGCAAAGGAACUUUCGCAGCCAGACGAGGAGAUUCUGCCUCCUGCAACACUCACAGCAACAGCACUCGGAUCAGGGGUUAUGGAGGUGUCCGCUUCGUGCAAUGACACUGGAUCAGGGGAAACUCUAGAUCGUGUAUCGGAAGUCCAGCAAAAGACCAUUCAUGGCUCGGUGAGUAUGAGUGGCGAUCUUGACGAUACAGCAGAGGACCAGUUGCAACACAUUCGACGACUUGGAGAAGGAGACAUGACACUAGCUGAUGCGCAGAGAUUCAUUGCCGCAUACAAGAAAUUGUGGUCACGUACCGCAUCAUCCAUGGUUGACAUCGUACCCGAAGCGAUCAUUGAGCUUGAUGCUGGUUUUCAUGAGGGGUCACUAUCCUCCGCACCUACUAUCCCAGAUGGUCUCUACCGGAACUUUGUUUCCAUCUUCUGCGGGCUCUUGUCAUGGUCGAAGGCACUAGGUACCCCAGCGCCACGGGAGAAGGCCGUUGCCCACGCUUAUCAGAUGGCUAUCAGAGGCACCGGUGACCCUCUCUCACAGUUCUCGACAGCUGCCCCUAUCGAGUCUGAGUCAACUAGAGGUUUUAUUGAGAGCAUGGAGGCAUUGACUCUCUGUCUAGCGCGUACUGGUGAUGCAGCUGUACGAGCAACUGCUACACAUGCAGCAAAUCCUGGCCAUAGUGUGUCGCCGAUGAUGAGUGGCUCUUCAAUAAGAGCUGCUACAGCUCAAGAAGUCGACCUUGACAGAACAAACGCGAUACUGAACAGCAUAACGCAACGCGAGUCUGUCGAGAACAGCAAUGCCAUGCAGUUAAUGAGCAAUAUGCUAUGGGCAACUCACGACUUACACCUUCGAGCAAAGAGGGCCCAUGAGGAGGCACAUGGGAAGGCAGCAUCCAAUCCUACACAGCAGGUCUCUGAUGAUGUAGAAAUGGAAGACGCCGGCGGAGGGGUCUGA